AUGCCUGUCGUCACCAUGCUCACAAAAGACGCGGGCUGUGAGGAGUCGCAGCAGCAGAAGCUCAAGGAGGACAGCAAGUCUCCGCACACUCCAUCGAUUCACUGGAUCGCUCACGAGGAACAAAAAGGAGAGAAGGCAACCAAUGGCGAUUGCGCAAAUCUCCUUGAUUGGUCACCGCAGACACCAGAGACGCCGCCAGUGAGCGUGGCAGGCCUGAGAGUGGCGUCGGUGGCGGAUACGGCCGCCGCAGAAACAACAUCCGAGAGUACGACGCACGACAGCGAAGGGCGCACAAAGGAAGGUGCGACGAGCGCAUAUGGGUGCGUGGAGGAGCCCGCUGGUGGCGUCGCAGCGGCAAGAGGUGCUGCACCGGAAGCGGUACCGCAGAAGACACCGGAGAGAGGGCCAUCAGUGCCUGGCAAACACAACCACUCGUAUGGUGCCUCUGACGUCGUGUCAUCCUCUUCCAGCCACGUAGAUGCACUCGGCAAUCUCAUUGACAGCAUUGAAACGCGCAAGCCGAACUCCACAAUCAGGCUGAACGCAAGUAGCAGCAGUAGCGACGUCGAUGCGUCAAGGAACACGGCGGCGGUGGAGGCCGAUGACCGACUUCCUCCGAGACUGAGAGAUGUCUUCUUUCCCUCCGCGGCCUGCGAUGCAGUGACAGCCGCCUCCUUGAUGACCCUAAUCUCCUCCUACUGCAACGUUGUUACUCUCGUGCAGCUGAUGCGAGUGAACCGCGCGGCGCACCGGUUAGCGACGAGCGAUGCCGUGUGGAAUCCUCUUCUUGUGUCCAUGAACCUGCCACCUCUGCUCACCGCAUACGAGCGGGACAGAGGCUACUACAACUUCUUUGUCGAAGAUAUCAUCACCACACGUGCCCUGCAUGGACACUACACAUUUCAGGCCACAAACACCAUGUCGGACACCCGCGGAAGCGUAGGCGCCACGAGCAGGUCAAGGUCAGCCGGCAUGAGCCACGACCACGCGUCACGAGACGAGGACUCCCUAGAGGAAGAUAUCUUCAACAUCGCCUCGCUGCAGCUGCUCAUCUCUAGCGCCUCGCUGGGGCAGUCAAAUCACCUUAUCGGUCGCGUGCAGCUGCUCCUCACGUAUAAAAAUGAAUCGAUGGAGGUUCUGCAGGGCUCGUGCCGCUUCUCUGUUCACCGCCGCUGCUUCUCCCUCUGCUGCAGUGCCUUUGGUACAAUGAAGCGCGGGCCUGUCUUCACGGUGGCCAUCGCAACGGUGACGAAGCCGUGGGCCAACGAGGAUUCUCAGCACUUCACCGAGCAUAAGAAUGGGAUUCGGCUAGUGAUGACGCCGGUGCUGUGGGAGGGUCAGAGCCCCGGCUCACAGAUUACGGAGAACGACAUUCUUGUGGUAAGCCGCCCCAAGCCGGUGUCCUCGUUGACUACAUCGAUGACUGGAUCUGUGGGGGCAAACAUCUCGCAGGGGGCCCCCACGGGAUCACACGGCUAG